GCUCCCGGAAUCACGCAGAGGCUAGGCUGGCCGGGGCUCGGGCUGCGGGGGACACCGGGGCUGCCCCGCCCCGCGUCUCCCGCAGCGGGAUCGUGCCCGAGCGCCUCCCGGGUCAGGACUGGGCCGGGCGGCGUGGGAGGGGCAGCGCGGCGGGCGGUGCGCGGCGCUUCCGGGGAGCGGGGCCUGCUCGCCGCUCUUCCCCGCGGAGCCCGCAUCGCGACGGGGCCCGCGCGCAGGCCUUACACAGGAAGGCUUUCUAAAGAGCUGCCUGCCAGCUGCCCUUCCCCAGGUCCCAAAUAUCCUCCUGGCCAGGCGGAGCAGAGAACAGCCCCUCAGCUGGUCAUGCUGAGCUCAUACCCUGAUGGCGGCUCCAUGAGGUCAAGACUGGGUUUCCUCCCUCCUCCCCCUUUACCAAUGCCUGGUCUCAGGGGGCUAGUUGUGAGCCCCACGCUAUGGCAUCAUCGCCCUCCCUCCCAGCUCCUGGCUCGCGGCCUAAGAAGCCUCUAGGCAAGAUGGCUGACUGGUUCAGGCAGACUCUGCUGAAGAAGCCCAAGAAGAUGCCCGACUCCUCAGAAAGUGUGCCCAGCGAUGCUUCACAGCCUACCUCACAGAACAGCCCCGUACCCCCAAGCCACAGCUCAGUCACAUCUCCCAGCCUGCCACCCUCGCAAGAGAGUGACAGCAGUAGUAUUCGCUGGAGCAAAGACUAUGACGUCUGUGUGUGCCACAGUGAAGAAGACCUGGUGGCCGCCCAGGACCUGGUCUCCUACCUGGAAGGCAGCACUGCCAGCCUGCGCUGCUUCCUGCAGUUCCGGGAUGCAACCCCAGGUGGCGCCAUCGUGUCCGAACUGUGCCAGGCACUGAGCAGUAGUCACUGCCGCGUGCUGCUCAUCACCCCAGGCUUCCUUCAGGACCCCUGGUGCAAGUACCAGAUGCUGCAGGCCCUAACUGAUGCCCCAGGGGCCGAGGGCCGAACCAUCCCUCUGCUGUCGGGCCUCAGCAGAGCUGCCUACCCACCUGAGCUCCGAUUCAUGUACUAUGUGGAUGGCAGGGGCCCUGAUGGUGGCUUUCACCAAGUCAAAGAAGCUGUCAUGCGUUAUCUGCAGACACUCAGUUGACACUUUUAUAUCACGGGGCCCCGGAAAUUGGAGUAAGCUGGAAACAGAAAACCCAAACAGGGCCUCGGAUUCCCAUAGAUGUGACAAGAUGUACAGGGAGCGAGUCUGCAGCACUACGCCCGUGACCCUGGGAUCAGAGCACCCAUCAGGCUUCCACUACUGUGGGCUCCUUAAGAAGACCAGGGAGAGGUUGGGGACUCCCCCAGGAAGGCCGUGAAGCUGGGGGCUCCCCCUAGGAAAGCCAUGAGGAAGCUGGGGACUCCCCAAGAAGGCCAUGAGGAAGCCAGAAAUUGAAGAUGGUAGGAGGUGGUGCUGAUCAAUGAUGGCCAGCAGGGCUGGCCUCCUGCCUAACUGGACAGGAAGGCUGGCACACUCUUGAUAUCCAGUGCCCUGGAACUGGGCACUGGCGUACACUGAUAUCGCUCCAAAAGAGGUGACUCACCUGACUGAUCAGCAGGAAGCCUAGAUUUUAGGCCUCACCGUGGAUGAUCUUCCCAGUUGCCUGGGGAAACCCUGGCAUGGGUGUCAGGAGAAAGCAACAGGAAUCUAGUCCUUCAUACUCACACUACUCUUCCUCUUCCCAGAGACAUCGAUUCACUUCAGAAACCUGUGGGAAAGAUGCAGUGAGCACUGCACUGUACUUUUUAUUUAUUGCCUAAGUGCCUUUAAAGACACAAAUCUAGAAGCCAUUUUGAAUAUGGGGAUGGCGGGCUGGAGGGAACAAGUGAAGAGAUGGGAAGCCAGGGCUCAACACCUUCACCUGAGAUCACAAGCCCAUGGAUGCUGUGACAUCUGGGAGCUUCAUCAGGGGUCUGGCUAAAGCCGAUACUUCAGUCACCAUCUUCACCUUUGGACUGGGAGGAAUCAACAUUUUUCUUCUGACAGAUGACUGUGUUCCUUAUAGGAUGGGCAAGGUUUCAUUCAUCCGUUCUCCGUAAGUUUGUUGUUGAACUGAAAUGAAUUUCAUUAUUUCC